AUGGAGGAGCAGAACCCCAGUCCCCAGAGCCCCAAGGAGAGGCACCAGCUGAGAGAUGGAGGGAGAGGCCAACAGGAGGAUGGCACCAGGUGUACCAGCACCCUGCCCAGGCAGCUGCCUCCAUCCCACAGCUCUUCCUCCUCCCGCCCACAGCUGCAGCAGCCUCGGGGCACCCAGGGCCAGUCCCUGCACCGGCUCACAUUGCCUCGCAGCACCCAGGCCCGGUCCCUGCACCGGCUGACAUUGCCCCGCAGCUCUGAGGCCCGGUCCGUAACCCGGCUGACAUCGCCCCGCAGCUCCCAAGGCCGGUCCCUGCACCGGCUGACAUUGCCCCGCAGCUCUGAGGCCCGGUCCCUGCACCGGCUGACAUCGCCCCGCAGCACCCAGGCCCGGUCCGUAACCCGGCUGACAUCGCCCCGCAGCUCUGAGGCCCGGUCCCUGCACCGGCUGACAUCGCCCCGCAGCACCCAGGCCCGGUCCCUGCACCGGCUGACAUCGCCCCGCAGCACCCAGGCCCGGUCCGUAACCCGGCUGACAUCACCCCGCAGCUCUGAGGGCCAGUCCCGGCACCGGCUGACAUCGCCCCGCAGCUCUGAGGGCCAGUCCCGGCACCGGCUGACAUCGCCCCGCAGCUCUGAGGGCCAGUCCCGGCACCGGCUGACAUCGCCCCGCAGCUCUGAGGGCCAGUCCCGGCACCGGCUGACAUCGCCCCGCAGCUCUGAGGGCAGCCAGGCCUGGUCCGUGCCCCGGCUGACAUUGCCCCGCAGCUCCCUGAGCUCGGGGGGCACCGAGAGCGGUCUCAGGCCGGACGAGGGGGGCCGGGAACAAGGCCCGCAGGGGCGCAAGUCCCGCCCUGGUGGCUCCUUGCAAGCGGCCAUCCCGGCCAGCAGAGCCGCAGCCCGCGGCCAGCACCGCCCCGUGAGGAGCCGUCGGGCCUGCAGCGGCCCGGUGGGGCCACAGCUGGCCUCCAUAAGGAAACCAGUUCCUGACCCACAGAGAAAGGCCUCUCACCAUAUGGAUCAGGAGACCCAGACUGAGACCUGGGCACAAGAGGCAGGUUCAGCUGUUCAAUAUGCCGAGCAGGAGACACAGACAGAUACUGUGGCAGAAGAGGAGAAAAAUUCAGCUGCUCCCCUCAUGGCUGACCAGGAGACAGAAACUGAGACUCCAAUACAAAAGAAGAGUUCUGCUUCUCCUCAAAUGACUGAUGAGUGGACACAGACCAAGGCCCACAGCUCUGCCCCCUGCACAGGCACUGAGGCCCUGGCUCACCAGCAGCCGCGCUCCCUGUUCUGCAGGGCAUUCUGGCACUCCUGCACGGCUGGACAGCCUCAUGCUGCCAGCGCCCUGCAGGACCUCAGGGACAGCCGCUGCUCCAGGCAGCCAUUAUGGCCUGAGCACAGCACACCAGAGAAGUGGGGAUGGACAGCACUGCCACCCUACUCUUGGCCAUGGCUCAUUGAGAUGAAUCAGUUUUAAUAAAACAUUUCAUUUAUCUAA